AAAUUCCCAAAUACGUCUGAUUCUCGUUUCUACCUACAUAAAUAUUAGUCAAAGCAAGCAGAAGCCAUCCAUAUCAAGCCUCAUCUCACUUAUAAUUUCAAAUUCUCCGGCGAUCGUCGCCGUUAAAGAAAAAAGUCGCCGGAGAUCCCAUCCAUGGAGUCUUCUCACUUGCUGACGUCACCAGAAAUAGUAGAGAACGGUUCGAUAGCUAAGGUGGCCAGGCAGGAAGAAGAUGCUGGUGCUGCUUUCGUGCUUGAAUCCAAGGGGGAAUGGUGGCAUGCUGGAUUUCACUUAACGACGGCGAUAGUGGGCCCUUCGAUACUGGCGCUGCCGUAUGCUUUUAGGGGAAUGGGAUGGGGGCUUGGUUUCUUCUCCUUGACGGUGAUGGGCGCGGUUACUUUCUACUCUUACUACCUUAUGUCCCUUGUGCUUGAGCACUGCGAGAAAUCUGGGAAUCGCCACAUUCGUUUUCGGGAACUAGCUGCUGAUGUACUUGGGUCUGGCUGGAUGUUUUAUUUUGUGAUAUGUAUUCAAACAGCAAUCAACACCGGCAUAUCGAUUGGUUGUAUUUUGCUUGCAGGAGAUUGCCUUCAGAUCAUGUACCAGGAAAUUAAUCCUGCUGGGACCUGGAAAUUGUAUGAGUUUAUAGCAAUCGUGACUGGAGUCAUGAUCGUUCUGUCUCAGAUGCCCACUUUCCACUCUCUCAGGCAUAUUAAUCUUGCUUCACUGUUUCUCAGCUUGGGCUACACCUUCCUUGUCACUGGAGCUUGUAUCUAUGCAGGUACCUUAAAAGAUGCUCCUCCAAGGGACUAUUCUCUGGAAGAUUCAUCGGCUUCAAGAAUUUUCAGCGCAUUUACUUCGAUCUCUAUCAUUGCUGCCAUAUUUGGAAAUGGGAUACUUCCGGAGAUACAAGCAACUUUGGCUCCCCCGGCCACUGGAAAGAUGGUGAAAGGCCUGGUAAUGUGCUACUCAGUAAUAUUCAUUACUUUCUACUCUGCUGCAAUUUCUGGGUACUGGGUAUUUGGGAACAAAGCUAGUUCAAACAUUCUUAAUAGCCUAAUGCCAGAUGAAGGACCUGCACUAGCUCCAACAUGGGUUUUAGGACUCGCCGUUAUCUUUGUUCUUCUUCAGCUAUUUGCCAUCGCCUUGAUCUACUCUCAAGUGGCGUAUGAGAUCAUGGAAAAGAAAUCAGCUGAUGUGAAGCAAGGACUGUUCUCGAAAAGAAACCUCAUUCCCAGGAUAAUUCUUCGAUCACUCUACAUGAUAUUCUGCGGCUUUGUUGCAGCAAUGUUACCAUUUUUUGGAGACAUUAAUGCUGUAGUUGGAGCUAUUGGUUUCAUUCCUCUGGACUUCAUCCUCCCAAUGCUUCUUUAUAAUAUAACUUACAAGCCCCCUAAAUCAUCGUACACCUACUGGAUCAACAACUUUAUUAUGAUAGUCUUUACAUGCGUGGGACUCCUGGGAUCAUUCUCUUCAAUAAGGCAGCUGAUCCAUGAUGCGAGCAAGUUUAAGCCCUUCUCUAGUGAUGUAGUCGACUGAUCUCGUGAAUCAUUAUAUAUAUCUUUAUAUGUAUAUUUAACAUUGUAUGACCAAGGAGAACCUUCAAACUGUUCAAUAUGUUGUAAAUAGGGGUUCACCCCAGGUGAAAAAUAUGAAAUGUAUCAUAUGCAACUGACUUCAGGUGUCAAUUGUUGCAAAGAUGCUGCACAUUUUUAAAAUUUGCUUCACCUAAA